AGUUGAGAAGGAAGCUGAAGGAGGAUGUAGAGCAUUCAAUGUUUUCUCCUUUGAGAAGAGAAGAUGGCAGCUGUAGAUGGGGAACAGAAGCCCAUAGCAGGGAAGGAAUUCAAUUGGGCAGUCAAAUAUCAACCCAAGACAUUGAAGGACUUCAUCUGCCACAAAGACAUUGCUCAAAAGCUUGAAACUUUGAUGAGAAAGGGGGAGGGGGAUCAUUUCAUAAUUGAAGGACCUCCGGGUGUGGGGAAAAGAACAUUGGCUUUGGCAAUGCUUAGGGAAAAACUUGGAGUAGACAUCUUAGAGACAAGGCUGGAAUUCAAGACAUUCAAUAUGGAGGUAUCCUCUGAACACAUAGAACUCGAUCUCUCCGGUUUAAAAGAGUAUGCAGCAGAUAUGGUAAUGAUGCUUAUUGAGGAAGGAGAAACUGGUUUAGUGAAGCAGCAAUCCUGCAGCAGCAUCAAGUUAAUGUCAAAGCAAUUAUUUUUCGCAAGGCAGAAAAUAUUUCGAAACAUACCCCCAACUCCAUAUCAGAAGCUUCUUGGAAAAUUGCGGAGGUCAUUAUGUAGUAUCUUCUGUUGCUACGAUAUUCUUACGCUUCAAAAUCUCUGUCCCCUCGGCAGAGUUAUUGAGCUUCAUCCACCUCCCGAUGCAGAGAUCCUUGGAGCCUUGAACUUCAUUGCAAAACAAGACGACAUUCAAUUGCCUCACCAGUUGGCCCAAACUAUGGCACAGAAGUCCAAGAACUGUCUUCAACAAGCUAUUCGUUCAUUUGAAGCAACCCUGCGGUCAGGGUGAGUAAAACAAGUUGUAAAUAUACCUUUAUAAAACAUUAUUUUCACAAUCUCGUCCCAGUUUAAUACCACUUUGUAUUUGAUUUUUGAUACCUUAAAAGGAUAGUUUUGGUGGUGACAAUGCAAUCAAUUGUAAGAAUGUUUUCUGUUUUUUUUUCAAACUUUUGCCUAGCAUUUGCCAUGCUAUGUUUACAGUUAUCCCUUUAAAGAAGAUCAGUUGAUUGUAAUUGGCUGGGAAGAUGAAUUUGCAUCCAUAGCCCAAAGUAUCAUUGAAGAGCAAAGCCCAGGAACGUGUAGUAUCUUUCUCUUGUAGAUAUUUAGCUUUGUAUAUUCUUUGUGCUAAUUUCACCAUUUUCUCAUGAUUCACCCUCCUUUUACAAUUCAGCUUGUUUCUUGUUAGAGGAAAGCUGAUAAAUUUGAUAGAACUCAAUCCUUGUCCCCAGUUCAUUUUCAGUGGUCUAGUGGGAGAAUUGAUGAAGACUGUGGACAACAGAUCCAAGUUGGAUAUUGAAAGUCUAUGUCAGGAAUUCGGGGAAAGUGUAAUAGGAAAAAAUAUAUACACACACAGUCUUUUUCUUCUCAAAACACAAGAUUCUAAUCAAGUUACAUAUUUUUGUUUUGUAGCCAAAGCUUAUUGGAAAUUAUUAUGAAGAAAGAAACAUAAUCAGUUUCCAAGAUAAAUCUUUGGACAACAGAGGGUGAAAGAAAUUAUUACUAUAUCUUUUUAUGGUAGAAGGUAAUCAAUUCCCAAACAAUAA